AUCAAUUUCGAAUCGAUUUUCCUAUUUCGACUUCGAAAAAUAUUAAGUUUUACAUGAUAUCGAUCUGAGGCCGGGGGCAUUAGCCCAGUGGGUCAUUUCAUUUUGUACACCUACGUAAACUGCUAAACUCUUCAAAAACGGCAACAAACUUUCGUUACCUAAUCAGUAGCUUAUUAGAAAUCUAAUUUUGUGUGGUAUUAUGAAACUUUCAGUGAUUCUGUCCAAGUGUUGAAUAUGUCUGUUGAUUUAAACACGAAUCGUACUUCGAUAUCAAAUGCCUGGAGAGAUGUGGUUGAUGAUAAAACCAGCACCAACUGGGCUGUUUUUGGAUAUGAAGGCCUAACCGACGUGCUGACAGUUGUUGGAAAAGGAAAUAACGGUAUUGAUGAAAUGAAAGAUGAACUGAAUAGUGGUAAAGUUAUGUACGCUUUCUGUAAAGUAAUCGAUCCGAAAACAAGUCUCAAUAAAUAUGUGUUAGUCAAUUGGCAAGGCGAAGGAGCACCGGUUUUCAGAAAAGGUGUAUGUGCCAAUCACAUUCGAGAUGUUUCGAAUAUUCUAAAAGGUACUCAUCUCACCGUUAAUGCUCGUACCGAAGAAGACGUAGAUACAGAUUCGAUUACUGAAAAACUAUCCAAGUUCACAGCAUCUGCGUACUCAUUCGAUGAAAGACUCGAUUUAUCUAAAGAUGGUUUCCAAAAAAUGGAUCCAGCUUAUAAAAAAGUUGAGCCUAGAAAAGAAAUCAAUUCGGAAGAACGAGAUAAAUUUUGGGCUCAAGAAGAAGAACAAGAAAAGAAAAGGCAGCUAGAGGAAAUUAAAAAAAAGCAAGAAGAAGUUUUAAAAUUGGAACAAGAACGUAUCAAGAGAGAAAUGGAAGACGCGAAAAAAAGAGAACUACAAGCAGCUGAGGAGAUUGUCAUAGAAAAAAGUCACAGUCCUAAAAAAAUAAUUGAAACUUCCACUAAUAUUUUUAGUAAAAUAGAACAAAUUGAAAAAUCAAAAGAUACUCGUCAGGAAUCGAGUAAAAGUUUAAAAGACGAAGCUAGAGAGUUAAUUUCACGCAGAACUUCCGACGUAAGAGCAGUAUUUGAACAAAAUACUUCUGCAGGACAGCUUAGCUCGUCUAGAAAAUCUUCCGCGCAAUAUAAUGAAAUCAACAGUAUUCGAAAUGGGUCGCAAGAAAAUAAAUUGAAUGGUAAUUAUAAGAAUGGAGAAAGUCUCGAGAAUAAUGUAAUUUCCAAUAACGUGGAAUCUGUCGAGUCCAAAACUGAGGUCAUAUCUAAAAUUAAUCCUGAGGAGAAUGAUAUUGAAGUUGCUGAACAGAACGGUGAAAUUUAUCAUGACGAAUUAUUGGAUUCGGAUUUAAAAGCUCAAGCAUUAUACGAUUAUCAAGCAGCUGACGAAACUGAAAUCUCUUUUGAUCCUGGCGAUAUUAUCAGUCACAUCGAACGUAUUGAUCCCGGUUGGUGGCAAGGCCUGGCGCCAAAUGGUAGUUACGGUCUGUUUCCUGCCAACUACGUACAAUUGCUUCCUUGAAUAAUUUCAUUAAGUUUACUCUGAGUACCAUUACCAUCUCAACAUUAAGUUAUUUAUUAUUGUUAAUAAUUCUCAUUGUGUUGAAUUUCAAGUACUUAUUUAAAGUUUUUUUGUACUUAAUUUUUUAGGUUAUUUAUUUUUUUAAAUUCGAAUUUUAUGCAUUGCAUUUUUUUCGUUAAGUUUUGAUACUUCAUUAAUGUCGUUUUUAUUUCUCUCGUGGGUACCUGAAUAGGAAUUGUUAGUUAUUUAAUAACACACCAAUAUUUUUUCAAGAUUCGUUUUUGUUCUUAUUUAUGCUUUAGUAAUAAUCAAAUAUUAUUGUGCAAUAUUUUUGUCACCUAUUAUUGAAUUGAUUAACCAUUUCUAAACGUUUGCAAUGUGUAGGUUAAUUUAAAUAUGUAUACCAUGUUAGUUGAUCUAAUGAUAUUAGGAACGAUUUCAAAGUGUUGGAUUAGUUUUUAAAAUUGAUUUAAAAUUAAAAUUAUAGUGAAAUUAUGUUUGUGAAGUGAAAAAAGUUAUCAGGAAUAAUGUGAAUUAUGAUGUGCUGAGUUGAAAUCGAAAUAAAAAUUCUCUAAUUUAUUUUCUCAAUAAAAA